CCGAACACUGCGUCCAUGUGUAGUGCCGUCCGCAUCUUGUGCACUCAUGCCUAUUCUUGUCCGUCUAGGCUUCGAUCAGAUUGUGCCUGCCAUAGUAGCUCCUCAAACGAGCAUCGGCUGUGCAGUAGGUUCGAUGUUACUCCUUCGUUCGCCGCCUGUCGUCGAACACUACUAACCGACCUGCCAUCCGCCCUCCUCGCUCCUUCGCAAGAGACAGCAGUGACGCGCUAUGGCACUCGGUUCCUCCCUCCUGACCACCGUCCUCCUCGCGCUUGUCGUCGCCGCGAGCCCGGUACAGGUUAACAAGCCCCUCGUUUCCCUGCCCUUGGUGCGCCGUACGAACAGCACAGGCCUCUCCAACUUGCUCGCGCACGACCAGGCGAGGGCCCGUAACCUCAAGGAGCGCGCCCGGGCCAAGCUUGAGGGCCGCGCUGCAAGCGUGGAGGCGACCAACGCCGUUGACACCUACGUCGUCAGCGUAAACUCCCUCCUGGUCGACACCGGCUCCUCCAACACUUGGCUCGGUGCUGGCACGUCGUACACCAAGACCUCUACUAGCACAGACACCGGCGAGUCGGUCUCCGUUUCCUACGGCUCGGGCAGCUUCUCCGGCGAAGAGUACACGGACACUGUUACGCUCGGUGACGGGCUGACCAUCACUGAUCAGUCCAUUGGCGUCGCCAGCUCGACCGACGGCUUCUCCGGCGUCGAUGGUAUCCUUGGUGUUGGGCCCGUCGACCUGACUGAAGGUACUCUCGGGGACUCUUACGCCACUAUCCCCACUGUCACGGACAACUUGUACUCGCAGGGCACCAUCUCCACGGAGGUCCUCGCGGUCUCCUUCGCGCCGGCUACCUCUGAGAGCGACGCCAACGGCGAACUCACCUUCGGUGGCACCGACUCCUCCAAGUACACCGGCUCGAUCAACUACGUUCCGCUCACGUCUACCUCCCCCGCGAGCGAGUACUGGGGCAUCGACCAGUCCAUCAGCUAUGGAUCCAAGUCGAUCCUGAGCAGCACCGCCGGCAUCGUCGACACCGGCACUACCCUCGUCCUGAUCGCUAGCGGUAAGCGGCUCUUCACUGAACGCGAGCGACGCGUACAGCAAGUACAAGUCUGCCGUGGGUGGGAAAGAGGACGAGAGCACCGGUCUCCUCCGCAUCUCGAGCUCGCAGUACAGCAAGCUCUCCACGCUCAACUUCAACAUCGGCGGCCCGUCCCACCGUGCACUGACAUCGGCCGACAGACGACGUAUGGCCUGACGGCGAACGCGCAGAUCUGGCCGCGCUCGCUGAACUCCGCGAUCGGCGGCAGCUCGGGCGACAUCUACCUCGUCGUGGGCGACAUCGGGAGCGAUUCUGGCGAGGGCCUCGACUUCAUCAACGGCUACGCGUUCCUCGAGCGCUUCUACUCCGUCUUCGACACCACCAACGCGCAGGUCGGUUUCGCGGAGACGCAGUAUACGAGCGCGACCAGCAACUGAGUCUGCUCGACGGACUCGGAGUGGACCGUUGGGUGGGGGCGAGCGGAGGGGGAGUGUGUUAACGUUGGUGCUGUCGGAUGAACUGGGGGAUAUUGAAGUCUGUAAUGCUCUGUACGUUCUUGGGCGAACUGGGGAACAAUGGUCAUCGUGUUGGGUUGACGUACCUAUGAGGAGCGUUAGUUGCCUGAGUGACACGACUGUAUCUCCGCGCUGUGGUUUUGUAGGCCUGCUGACUCCCAGCUGAGCGAAAAACAUGCGAUGGUUUGACUCGGUAACAUUA